CGGCGAUUAAAUGCAGCUCCUGCAAGAGAGGAAACCAGACCUGGAGGAGGCGUCUGCGCAGCAGGAGAGUUCUACACAGUCGUUGGAUUUGUGUGCUCCCAACAUGACGGUGAGAAGUUGCUUCGUGACCCUGGUGCUGCUGUUUCUCUGGAGGGUGGAAGAUCUGGCGCAAGCCUGCCUCUGCGCUCCGGUUCAUCCUCAACAUGCCUUCUGCCACUCAGACGUCGUCAUCAGGGCGAAGGUGAUGGGCGCUCAGGAUGUUGACGUUGGCAAUGACAUCUACGGAAACGCCAUCAAGUGGAUCAAAUAUGACAUCAAGCAAACCAAGAUGUUCAAAGGUCCGAGUGAGGUAUACGACGCCAUCUACACUCCUCCCAUCUCUGCUCUUUGUGGGGUCACUCUGGAGACCGGCAAAGAGUACCUCAUCACAGGAAAGCUGGAGGCUGAUGGCAAACUGCACGUGAUCCUGUGCGACUACGUUAAGCCGUGGGAGAACGUGAGUCUGACGAUGAAGAAGAGUCUUCCUCAGCGCUAUGAGAUGGGCUGUGACUGCAAGAUCACUCGCUGCACCACCCUCCCGUGCAUGAUCAGCAGCCCGACAGAAUGUUUGUGGACAGACUGGCUGACUGAGAAGGCGGUGGAUGGAAAGCAGGCCAAACACUACGCCUGCAUCAAGAGAAGUGACGACUCUUGCGCCUGGUACAGAGGGGCAGCGCUACCCAAAAAGGAUUUCCUGGACAUCGAAGACCCAUAAAUGCGGUCGUCUGGCGAAACUUAAAUCACGUCAACUGAUCAAAUAAAUCCAUAAGUCAAGUUGUUUUUAUAAGGAACAUGUGCUCUUGUGUGUUGCUGAUGGGUUUGGAAAAGGGAAAUCGUGAGACUCAGCACUUUCCGAAGCACUUCCUCAUAAACCACUUCUGCCUCAGCAGAAAUAAAGGGAAUCUUACAAUUUACAGUUCAUGCUGGUGUUGUUUUCUGCGCUUUUCUUUUCUAUUCUACCGAAACGGAAGAAAGAUGAAUGAAACUGAUACGGCGGAAAGUUUGGUGAAUCAGGUGGUAGCAGAGCUAUCAUGAAAAUUGCAUCUCCGUCUCUUGUCUUCUUACUUUCCGUCAUGUAUUUGUACAUCUCACAGAGGAUAAAGAAAUAAAUCCAAUUAGACAAGAAUGCACUUUUAAUCGUUACAGCUCGGUUGUCUUUAAUUGUGCUUAAGACGGAGGAUUGACUCCUCUGUUAUUGUUUUUUUGAUUUAUAUAUAUAUAUAUAUAAAACAGCUCUUUGUAAUGCUUUCAUUUAAAAACACUUUAUUUAAGGAAUUUAUGAGUCAUAUGGUGUUUAAACAUGCCGUCAUUUUUCUACUUUUUUCUAAAUCAAAUGUGUAAAAAAAUGUUUGACAUGAAUGAAACAUAAAAUAUGUCCAUUAAAGGUU